AUGAUUGUUUUUAAAGGAAAAAGACUGCGAGAAGAAUUUUUGGAAAAUUUACCAGCUGGUUCUUUGGUGAAAAUGGCACCAAAAGGUUCUAUGACAACCGAGCUCUUCGUUGAGUUUAUUGAGCAUUUGGCCAAAUACAAACUCCCAGGAAAAUGUUUGUUGAUUUUCGAUGGCGCGUCAUCCCAUCUGGACUAUAAAAUUGUCGAUGUUGCAGAAAAGCAUGACAUAGUUCUGUACUGUUUGCCAUCGAAUACAACCCACGAGCUCCAACCGCUCGAUAAAUCAGUUAAUAAGUCAUUUGAGCAUUUUUGGGAUGAAGAGGUACUACUUUUUAUUUACCAGAAUCCACAGAAGAAACUCACCAAAGCACGUUUUAAUAAAAUCUUUACAAGAGUAUGGGCAAAAUGCAUGACCCACGGCAAUAUUAUUAACGGAUUUGGGGCAACUGGUUUGUACCCCUGGGAUCCGAGUUCAAUCCCCGAAGAAGCCUUUGCGCCAUCCAUGCUCACUGAAUUAACUGCUGCGCAACUCUCUACUAAGGAAAAUUCUGUAACUGUACCAAAUUCUCCUGAAUCUGUUAAACUUUUAAAUCGUACCUUUGACUCAGAUAUUACAUUUUUUGAAGAAGAUGGCUCUACAGCUCAAAAUUCAGUAGCAACAAUAAAGCAAUUCCAAAACAAAGAUGUUAAUUUCCAGAAAUUAGUUGACUAUAGCUCUUCUAUAGAAUCUUUAGACUCGGAUGAUAUACAUGUCCCUAUUCGAUACAAUACACCUGUACCUGGUCCUUCAGGGUUACAAGUUCAACAUGUUCAACGUCCAGCUACACUCUUGUCUUCUCCAUCAGAUAUAUCCGACAUUGAAUACAAUCUUUCAAUGAUGCAAAACUAUUCAGCAAAACGUGUUAGAAUAUAUACCUCUUCUUCCGCAUCUGAUGAAGAAAAUAAUAACCCUCUCCAAACAUAUUUUACACCGAAAAAGAACCAGCUUGAUUCAUUUGAUGAUGACAUGCCACUAUCAGAACUUAAAAAUAAUAAAAAACGAUCUGAUAUUCAAGAGUCAAGUUUUAAAGAAUUUCUUCCAACUCCCAAUUAUGCUGAAACGAAGGCUAAGCCAAGACGAAAAGCAUUAAAUUACGUUGGGCAGAGAAUAACUAAAGAUUUAUUUAAAGACAAGACAGGCAAUAAUGCAAAAAAACUCUGCCAAACAGACCAAAAAUUACAACAAUAA